UCAUACACACUUCCACUCGACUCUUUAAGACGACGCCUUGCCACCCCCUUCACUUCCGUCCCUUCCCUUCCUUGUCACCCUCGCUGUACUCUCUCUGCUCCAUCACCAACGCAACCAGACAGCAUGUCCAUGUCGAGCGGCGGCGACCGGCCGUCCACGUCGAGGCCGCCGCCGGCAGAAUUGCAGCCAUACUCCGGGGAGGGAUCCUCGGUCGAGGACGAGGAGAGCGAGCUCGUGCCAGCCUCCCUCGCGCCCAUCGUCCCUAUUCUCCGUGCCGCCAAAGAGAUAGAGGAGGAGAACCCGCGCGUCGCAUACCUAUGUCGGACUAGUGCAUACAAGAAGGCGCACGAGAUGGAUCCAAACUCAGCAGGGCGCGGAGUUCUGCAGUUUAAAACCAAUCUGUUGUAUAGGCUGAAAAAGGAUGAAGAAGAGACACAUCGGAGCCUCACAUCAAAUGAUGCAGAAGAGAUUAAGAGGUUGUACGAGGAGUAUUGCCGAAAAUAUCUCCUGGAGAAUGAUUUACCCAAGAGAAAGCCGGACGAGAUGGCGCGAUACUAUCAGAUUGCAUCCAUCCUAUAUGGCAUGAUUGCGGCACCUAACUUUGAGGAGAGGGAGGACAGAAAUGGCGAGCUCAUGCCAGCCUCCCUCGCUCCUAUCUUUCCUAUUCUCCAUGCGGCCAAAGAGAUUGAGGAGGAGAACCCACGCGUCGCAUACCUCUGCCGGUUUACUGCAUAUGGGAAGGCGCACAAGAUGGAUCCGAACUCAAGAGAGCCUGGGGUUCUGCAGUUUAAAACCCAUCUGCUGCAUAGGCUGAAAAAGGAUAAAAAACAGACACGGCGCAGGCUUGCGUCCAAUGAUGCAGAAGAGAUUAAGAGGUUCUAUGAGGAGUAUCGUAGAAAAUAUAUUUUUGAGAAUGAUCUUCCCACGAGAAAGUCGGACGAGAUGGCUAGAUACUAUCAGAUUGCAUCUGUCCUGUACGACAUGACUGUGACACCUAACUUCGAGGAGAGCGAGGAUGAGAAGAGCGGGGAUGAGGAGAGUGAUCUCGUGCCAGCCUCCCUCGUGCCUAUCGUCCCAAUUCUCCGUGCGGCCAAAGAGAUCGAGGAGGAGAACCCGCGCGUCGCAUACCUGUGCCGGUUUACUGCAUUUGAGUAUACGCACAAGAUGGAUCCACACUCAAGUGGUCGUGGAGUUCGGCAGUUUAGAACCUAUCUGUUGCAUAGGCUGGAAAAGGAUGAAAUGGAAACAAGUCGCAGGCUUGCAUCAACUGAUGCAAAAGAGAUACUGAAGUUCUAUGAGCAGUAUUGUAGAAAAAAUCUUGAGGGCCUUCACAUGAGAAAGUCGGACAAAAUGAGUAGAUACUAUCAGGUUGCAUCCGUUCUAUAUGACGUGCUAAAUAACGUGGCACCCGGAAGUCAUAAAUCCAUGUUUGAUCAGUUCGCUAAAGGGGUUGAAAAGGAGAAAGCUUCAUUCUCACAUCAUUACAACAUGCUUCCCCUUAAUAUUCCAGGUCCCCCGCAACCUGUAAUGGAAAUACCCGAGAUAAAAGCAGCAGUGGACCUUCUUCGUGGGAUAAGUAAUCUUCCAAUACCUAGGCAAUAUACAACUAAUGUACCUGAAGCAAUAGAAGGACCAAUUGUUCAUGACUUGAUUGAUUGGCUACGGCAAACAUUUGGAUUUCAGAAAGGUAACAUGGAGAAUCAGAAGGAGCAUUUGAUUUUGCUGCUUGCUAACGUGGAUAUGAAAAGAAGUGGUGGCAGAUACGAGAGGGAAGGACAAAGUCACAUGAUAGAUCAUUACACAAUCGAUGACUUGAUGAAGAAAGUUUUCCAAAAUUACAUUUCAUGGUGCAUGUACUUGCAUUUGGAGUCAAACAUCAAAAUUUCAGAUGAUGCCUCCACACAACAACAUAAGCUUCUUUACAUAGGGUUGUAUCUUCUAAUUUGGGGUGAAGCUUCUAGUGUUCGCUUUAUGCCUGAAUGUCUUUGUUAUAUCUUCCACCAUAUGGCAAGAGAUUUGUACGACAUAAUAUGUAGUAGAAGAGAAAGCUCUUUUGACCCUGUCAUCUAUCAAGAGGGGAGAGAUGAUGCAUUUCUACAGCUCAUUAUCCAACCGAUCUACAAUGUUAUUCAGAAUGAAGCUGUAAUGAGUAAGAAUGGUACUGUCUGCCACUCAAAGUGGAGAAACUAUGACGACCUGAAUGAAUACUUUUGGUCGAAGAAAGUCUUCAAGAAGCUUGGAUGGCCAAUGGAUCCAGCCUCUGACUUUUUCACGCACCAUAUUAAAAAUAACCUUAUGCGACAUGAUUAUUCAGUUAGCAGGAGGAGGAUAUCCAAAACAAAUUUUUCAGAAGUUCAUACAUUUUUGCAUCUGUUCAAAAGUUUUGAUCGAAUGUGGUAUUUUUUCAUUUUAGCUUUCCAGGCAAUGGUAAUUAUUGCAUGGAGCCCUUCUGGAUCACUUUUUGCUAUAUUCGAACCAGAUGUUUUCAGGAAUGUCAUGACAAUAUUCAUAACAUCUGCAUUUCUAAACUUCCUCCAAGCCACACUUGAAAUAGUUCUUAAUUGGAAGGCUUGGAGGAACCUUCUGUGGUCGCAGAUGAUACGACGUAUUUUUAAAUUUUUUGUUGCUCUUGGCUGGUUUAUAAUCCUUCCAGUGACAUACUCAACAUACAUUCAAAAUCCCACAGGCCUUAUGAAGUUCUUCAGCAAUAGCAUUGGAAAUUUCCAGAGUCAAUCAAUUUAUAAUUUUGCAGUUGCUCUUUACAUGUUGCCGAACAUUAUUAGUGCCUUGUUUUUCAUAUUUCGACCAAUGCGAAGGACAUUGGAGCAUUCGAAUUAUCGCACUAUUAGAUUUCUUUUGUGGUGGACGCAGCCAGAAUUAUAUGUUGCACGAGGCAUGUAUGAGGACACAUGUUCAUGUCUUAAGUACACAACAUUCUGGAUUCUAUUGCUUAUAUGCAAGCUCACCUUCAGUUAUUAUGUUGAGAUUUCUCCUCUAGUUGGACCAACCAGGAUUAUUUUGGCUCUGGGUCAGGGGGGAUACAUCUGGCACAAAUUCUUUCCGUGUUUGCAACAUAAUUUUGAUGUUGUUUUUACUAUAUGGGCACCAAUUUUCAUGGUAUACCUCAUGGAUACGCAAAUAUGGUAUGCUAUUUUUUCAACAAUAUGUGGCAGAGUAAAUGGUGCCUUCAGCCGCUUGGGCGAGAUCCAAACCCUCGGGAUGUUAACAUCAAGAUUCUAUGCAAUUUCAAGAGCUUUUGGUAAUCAUCUUGUGCCAGGAAAUGGUAGUCUACCAAAGAGACAUGAGCUUCAGGAUGAUAUAUUUUUGCGUGCUGAUAAGUUCUCAAACAUAUGGAAUGCAUUCAUUUUGUCGCUGCGAGACGAAGACUUAAUAAGCAAUAGGGAGAGAUAUUUAUUGAUUUUUCCCACAUAUGUUGGUGAUGUUGGGUUUCGCCAAACGAGCAACCACAUCGAAAUCAUGAACAAGCGUGAUCAAGAAGUUAUGGUAAAGGGUGGCACUAGCGUUUUCCAAUGGCCUAUUUUCCUUCUUGCUAGCAAGAUUCCAAUUGCACUUGAAAAGGCAAGGAGUGUCAAGAAAAGAGAUGCGGAACUACUAAUGAGGAUAAAGCAGGAUCCAUACACCUAUUAUGCCGUAAUAGAGUGCUACGAGGCAUUAUUAGAUAUUCUCUACAGCCUUGUAGCAGAAACAAGUGAUAAGAAAGUUCUCGAUCGAAUAUAUCAGUGUCUUGAAUAUAGCAUACAUAAUAGGUCACUUGUGAGAGACUUCCGAUUGGGUGAACUUCCUCAAGUAACUGCUAAGUUUGAUAAGCUUCUGUCUCUAUUAUUGAAAAAUGAGCAUGCGGAGCUGGACACAACAAUAUAUACACAGAUUGCCAUUCUAUUACAAGAUACAAUGGAAAUAAUCACACAGGAUAUCAUGACGAACGGACAAGGUAUUUUGAAGGAUGAAAACAGAGAGACUCAACUGUUUGCAAAUCUAAAUUUGGACUUAAUAAAGGAUGAAUCUUGGAGGGGGAAGUGUGUUAGGCUUCAACAGUUAAUGACAGCUAAAGAAUCUGCAAUUUGUGUACCGAACCUGGAAGCUCGGCGCAGGAUAACUUUCUUUGCAAACUCACUAUUUAUGAAAAUGCCAACGGCUCCACAAGUCCGUAGGAUGAUGUCCUUCAGUGUUCUCACUCCGUACUUCAAAGAGGAGGUGCUCUUUUCAAAAGAAGAUCUUCAUGUAAAAAAUGAGGAUGGGAUAUCUAUCCUGUUUUAUUUACGCAAAACAUAUAUAGAUGAAUGGAAGAAUUUUCUUGAGCGCAUAAAAUUUGUUCCGAAGGAUGAGGAGUCCCUUGAAUCAAGGAUGGAUGAGAUCUCACUCUGGGCAUCUUAUAGAGGACAAACGCUUACCAGAACUGUGAGAGGAAUGAUGUACUACAGGAGGGCACUUGAGAUUCAAUAUAUUCAUGAUAAAACGGAUAUUGCUAAAUUGGACCGCCAGAGAACAACAUCAUCAUAUCAAGAGGGUGGAUCUAAUAUUGUAGAUAUGGCAAUGGCCAUUACUGAUAUCAAAUUCACCUAUGUUGUCUCUUGUCAAGUCUAUGGCAAGCAAAAAGCGUCGAAGGAUCCCAGAGAAAAAAAUCAGUAUCUGAACAUCCUUAACCUCAUGAUAAUGUACCCGUCAUUACGGAUUGCUUAUAUUGAUGAGAUAGAAGCUCCGAAUAGAGACGGAAUGAUAGAAAAGACCUAUUAUUCUGUUCUCGUCAAAGGAGUGGGCGAAAAAUAUAACGAGGAAAUUUACCGCAUCAAGCUUCCUGGCAAACCCACCCAUAUUGGAGAGGGAAAACCUGAAAAUCAAAAUCAUGCUCUAAUUUUCACCAGAGGAGAAGCAAUCCAGGUCAUUGACGUGAAUCAGGAUAAUUACCUCGAAGAGGCAUUUAAAAUGAGAAAUUUGUUGGAGGAAUUCGAGAGUAAGAAAUACGGAAAUAGAAAACCCACUAUAUUGGGUCUUCGGGAGCAUCUUUUUACUGGAAGUGUUUCUUCACUUUCUAGGUUUAUGUCAAAUCAAGAGAACAGUUUUUUUACGAUUGGACAGCGAGUUUUGGCCAAUCCUCUCAAAGUUCGCUUCCAUUAUGGACAUCCUGAUAUUUUUGAUAGAAUCUUCCAUAUAACUAGGGGUGGUAUAAGUAAAGCUUCCAAGACUAUAAAUUUAAGCCAUGAUAUCUUUUCAGGUUUUAAUUCAACAAUGAGAGAGGGAAAUAUCACACAUCACGAGUACAUGCAAGUCGGCAAAGGACGUGAUGUGAGAAUGAACGAAAUUUCAAGCUUUGAAGCUAAGGUUGCUAAUGGCAAUGGUGAACAAACGUUGAGUCGUGACGUCUAUCGUCUCGGACAGAGAUUUGACUUCUACAGAAUGCUAUCUUUUUACUUCACUACUGUUGGGUUUUAUUUCAGUAGCAUGGUUAUUAUACUUACAGUCUAUGUCUUUUUGUAUGGGAGGUUAUAUCUCGUCUUGAGUGGCUUGGAAAUGUCAAUUUUACUGGAUCCACGGAUUCUAGAGAACAUCAAUUCUCUCGAAAAUGCAAUGGCUUUAGAGUCUGUUUUCCAGCUUGGUUUGUUGCUUCUCCUUCCUAUCCUAAUGGAAAUCGGCUUAGAGAAGGGAUUCCGCAAAGCGUUAGGAGAGUUUGUCAUCAUGCAACUUCAGUUGGCCCCUAUAUUCUUCACAUUCCAGCUAGGCACCAAAACCCACUACUAUGGGAGAACAAUACUCCACGGUUGCGCCCAAUACAGACCUACAGGUCGUGGAUUCGUUGUGUGCCAUGCAAAGUUCGCUGACAAUUAUCGCAUGUACUCCCGCAGUCACUUUGUGAAAGGAUUUGAACUGUUGAUACUUCUGGUUGUCUAUAUAGCUUACGGAAGUUCCUAUGACAGCUCAAACUUGUACCUAUUUGUCACUUUCACGAUAUGGUUCCUGGUUGGAUCUUGGCUCUUUGCACCAUUUAUUUUCAAUCCGUCAUGUUUUGAGUGGCACAAGACAGUUGAUGACUGGACAGAUUGGAGGAACUGGAUGGGGAACCGAGGGGGUAUCGGCAUGUCUGUGGAACAAAGCUGGGAGGCUUGGUGGAUAGGUGAGCAGGAUCACCUAAGGAAAACUAGCAUUCGUGGUCUUCUCUUUGAAAUCAUCCUUUCGCUUCGUUUCUUGAUCUACCAAUAUGGUAUUGUGUACCAUCUGAACAUUGCACAUGGCAGCAAAAGCAUUCUGGUAUAUGCAUUUUCAUGGCUGGUUAUGCUCACGGUCCUAGUAGUUUUAAAGAUUCUUUCAAUAGGACGGCAGAAGUUUGGGACCGAUAUGCAGUGUAUGUUCCACAUCAUCAAGGGCCUUCUCUUCCUUGGCUUUCUCUUUGUGAUGGUGGUCCUGUUUGUUGUAUACCACCUCACAAUUUCGGAUGUCUUCGCUAGUAUUCUUGGGUUCGUGCCUACUGGUUGGUGGAUUCUUCUGAUUGGGCAAGCAUGCUCUCCAUUGGUCAAGAAGACUAUGUUGUGGGACUCCAUCAUGGAGCUUGGCAGGGCAUACGAUAACAUCAUGGGUCUCAUUCUCUUCCUUCCCAUUGGUUUCUUGUCGUGGUUCCCUUUCAUCUCAGAGUUUCAAACACGGUUUCUCUUCAACCAAGCCUUCAGCAGGGGCCUCCAGAUCUCAAGUAUCCUUCGCGGCCAGAAGGACAUUGGGGAGUUCGACCGACCAGUUUCAUUUCCCUCCUCUGUGAACUACCUUAGCUUUCAGAUAUAAUUGAAAAGAAAAGACAAUGUUGUAUCCAAUAAUACAUCGUAAAAUAUAGAAUUUACGCUUGGGUAUAAACCCUUGCAAUAAGUAUGCAAUGUUAUGUAAAUCACUUUGGUGUGUGCUAAAAUUAACGGUAUUGACGUCCCCAACUAUCUUUGUAAAUUAAUUUCGCAUUCAUGAUUAUCUCCAACAUCCUUUCAUGAUGUUGAUUUCUUCCUUCAA